AUGACUCAGCGGAGUUAUGGAGAUCCUCGUGAUGCGGUGAUCAAUAUAGGGAAGCCGAUGAACAUGACUGGUGGGCUUGAGUUUUUGAAUCUCACAUACACUGUGACAAAGAAGAAGAAGCUUGAGGGGAAAUGGUUGAGUCAAGAAGUGGACUUACUCAACAAAAUCACUGGCUACGCUCCAAGAGGGUCCAUCACUGCUGUGAUGGGGCCUAGUGGUGCUGGAAAAUCUACGUUUUUGGAUGGUGUCGCGGGCCGUAUUGCGAGUGGGAGUCUCAAGGGUCGAGUGUCUCUGGAUGGGAUGGAGGUUAGCCCCAGCUUGAUAAAGAGAACUUCUGCAUAUAUAAUGCAGGAAGACAGACUCUUCCCAAUGCUCACCGUGUAUGAGACCUUAAUGUUUGCAGCAGAUUUUCGCCUUGGCUCGAUUUCUUGGUCGGAUAAGCAGUGGCGAGUAGAGAAGCUCAUCGAUCAGCUUGGUUUAACAUCAACAAGGAACACCUACAUAGGGGAUGAAGGGACAAGAGGAGUGUCAGGUGGUGAGCGGCGGAGAGUUUCAAUCGGCGUGGACAUAAUCCAUGGACCAUCCUUACUCUUCCUGGACGAGCCAACUUCAGGGCUGGACUCCACCAGUGCUCACAGCGUAAUUGAGAAGGUGCACAACAUUGCUCGUUCGGGCAGCACUGUAAUUCUCACAAUCCACCAACCUUCAUCUAGAAUUCAAUUGCUCCUUGACCAUCUCAUCAUUCUAGCUCGCGGCCAACUCAUGUACCAAGGAACUCCAAAGGAUGUCACUCUCCAUCUUAAUCGAAUGGGGCGAAAAGUCCCCAAAGGAGAGAACUCCAUAGAGUACUUAAUUGAUGUCAUACAAGAAUAUGAUCAAUCUGAACUGGGUGUUGAGGUGAUGGCUGAAUUCGCACGAACUGGUAUGAAACCACCACCAUUGUCUGAUGAGGAAGUUUCUGUUUCAACAGUUCCACCAUCUCCAAUCCCAAAUCGUCGUUCUCGCCUCGGCGUGGAAAGGCCUGAAGUUCAAGGAAAGAACAAAGGAAGACGUCUUCCCCUGCAAGCACAUAAUUCAGCUGAUCUUGAUUUUGAUCAUAGUCUUAGAAGCCCUUAUAAUAGCUCAACAAGGUCGCCUUGGAAUACAAGCCAGAGUGGAAUAGUUCAAACACUGCGAUUCACGCCAUCUCGCCAACUAAAUGAUAAAAAAAUGCAGAACCCCAUGAGUUCAUCUCCAGGCUACUACACAUACUCAAGUGAUAUCCUAGCUGGGACGCCAACGCCUCACAGCAGUGAUUACACUGUGAAUGAAAACGAUUACUUGACCCCUGACAUCGCCCCAAAGAAUGCAACUCAUCAUCUGGGGCCAAAAUUUGCAAAUUCUUUCUUCUCAGAGAUUUGGAUGCUCAUGCGUCGCAACUUCAAGAACAUUAGGCGCACCCCUGAGCUUUUCCUCUCAAGGCUCAUGGUCCUCACAGUGAUGGGCUUCAUGAUGGCCACCAUGUUCAUGAGACCAAAAGUUAGUAUGCAAGGCAUCACAAAUCGUCUCAGCUUCUUCAUCUUCACAGUCUGUCUAUUCUUCUUCUCCUCCAACGAUGCAGUCCCGGCUUUCAUCCAAGAGCGCUUCAUUUUUAUCCGCGAAACGUCCCACAAUGCCUAUAGAGCCUCAUCUUACACCAUUGCUGGCCUCAUCACCUAUCUUCCUUUUCUCUUGUUGCAAUCCGCCGUGUACGCGGGUAUUGUUUGGAAAGCUCUGGAACUUCGUGGGUCAUUCAUAUAUUUCCUGCUAGUGCUCUAUGUGUCGCUUCUUUCAACCAACUCUUUCGUCGUCUUCGUCAGCUCAGUGGUGCCCAACUACAUUCUAGGUUAUGCAGCAGUUAUUGCAUUCACCGCUUUGUUUUUCUUGUUCUGUGGAUACUUCUUGAAUAGCCAUGAUAUUCCGCCAUACUGGAGCUGGAUGAACAAGAUUUCAACAAUGACAUAUCCGUAUGAAGGAUUGUUGAUGAACCAGUAUCAGACUAACGAAACUUUUAGCAGAGACGGUGGAAAUAUUAUAAUAGGAUUUGACAUCUUGGAUUCACUUCACAUUAAGAAGGAAAAACGGGACAUGUGGGAGAAAGUUUACGUAAUGUUGGGAUGGGCAGUUUUCUACAGGAUUUUGUUUUACAUAAUCCUUCGAUUCUUCUCAAAGAACCAGAGGACAUAGA